UGGCACCCAUGAGGGGGCGACCAGCUCUAUGCAGAAUAAAGAGAAGACUGGCAUAUCUGGUAUCAUCUAAUGGGAGUGUAAUGGACGUCAUAUUAAUUAAUGACAUCGCUCAGAAGUGAUCUUCGUGAACGGAUGUCCAUUAUAUGUACAACUUUUAAAAUAUAAAUACUGCACCUUUAAUUAUUUCACUCAUUAAUAUACGCUGUAGAAACGAACAAGCCUAACCAGUUUUUACGAAUGAUGUAGACCAAGUCAUGUAUGUGGCGUUCUCCCCACCCUCGGCACAGCGGCUGAUGCUGAUGGGAGUAAGCUCAUUCUGACUCUCACAUCCUGAGCGGCGACACACUGUCACCCGCUCCUCCUCUAUUCUCUUCAUUGAACUUUGAGCAGCGCAUUUAUUCAUUUGUAGUCAGCAGCGAUUCGUCUCGUUAUUCAUAAGUGGAUAUAUGACAAGAGAAUUAAACCGCUCACGAGAGGGAUUCAUUACAAUGACGGUCAUCAACGGAGGAGACAUACGUGGACACUAGAUCGGUUUGAUCAGAACAGGACAUCCUGGAGGUUUUGAGUCUCAAGAGGAAGCCAUUCCCUAACAUUUCUAACAGCUCAAACCAGUGCCAAACGGGAACUGACUGGUUAUAGAAAACAGAUCGUGAGGGCGAUUAUUUUAUUUAAAGGUACAUGUAAAAACAGGAGCAACGGAGAGAAAGCUGUUUUGCAGGAGCCAGAGAAGAUCGUUAAAGUCUGUCCUUAACAAGCGAGAGAGAGGAUUUCAACUAACGGAGAGCUGCAUUUAAAUUUGGAAGUGGGGUUACACUACCAGGUCUCCUCAUACUGGAAAGCUAGUUGUCUGGCUGGAAACCUCCUUGCCUCGGACGCGCUGGGGGAAUAGAUUCCUGACAUGAGCGACUAACACCACUGACAAACAAUAACACACCGGCGGAUAAACGGCACUGAUCCCUGCGUGCGACCACCUGUUUCCAGCACAGACCAACCGGUGGUGUGAAGUUUGAGAACUAUUCCAUAAACAGAUCGCCCCCACCUUACCAUGCCUUUGUCCUUCAGUUCAUCUCGCCUUAUCCCCUUCUCCUUCAUUUCCUUGAUCCUCCCCAUCCUCCUCCUGUCUUUCUCCAUCCCUUCUCAAGCUGACUCCCAAGAUGUAGCCCAGUCUACUUCCAACUGUUCUUAUAAUGUCGUGUGUACAGAGGGGGUCCUUUUACCAGUGUGGAAUCCCCAGAAUCCCUCAGUUGGUGACAAAGUGGCCCGUGCCAUUGUGUACCUUGUGGCACUAGUCUACAUGUUCUUAGGUAUGUCAAUAAUUGCUGACCGCUUCAUGACUGCCAUCGAAGUUAUUACUUCUCAAGAAAAGGAGAUCACUACAAAGAGACCUAAUGGUAAAACGGUCACCACAACAGUUCGCAUAUGGAAUGAGACUGUCUCCAAUCUGACCCUCAUGGCUUUGGGUUCCUCAGCACCUGAGAUUUUGCUUUCAGUCAUUGAGGUCUGUGGGCACAAUUUUGAGGCUGGUACUCUUGGUCCCAACACCAUCGUGGGAAGUGCUGCGUUCAACAUGUUUGUGAUCAUUAGCCUCUGUGUCUAUGUGGUACCUGAAGGUGAAAGACGGAAGGUCAAACAUCUUCGGGUGUUUUUUGUGACUGCGGCAUGGAGCAUAUUUGCCUACAUCUGGCUCUAUCUUAUCCUCUCUGUGUUCUCGCCUGGUGAAGUGGAAGUGUGGGAAGCAGUGCUGACAUUCCUCUUCUUCCCUCUCUGUGUGGUCCAGGCCUGGAUUGCUGAUCGACGUUUGCUCUUUUACAAGUAUGUCCACAAACGGUACCGAACCGAUAAGGGCCGUGGAAUUAUUGUGUCCGAGGGUGGUGAGGAGGUUGGGAAGGAGGUAGGAUUCACAAAGAUGGACAUGCUGGAAAUUGAUGGAAUCACAACACAUCUGGACGGAAUGUUAGGAGGGGAAAGUGGGCUUGGUGGACAUAAUCAAGAGGAGGAGGCCAGGAGAGACAUGGCCAGAACUCUGAAGGAACUGAAGCAAAGACAUCCUGACAAAGACAUGGAGCAGCUCAUAGAGAUGGCCAACUAUCAGGUUUUAAUACAGCAGCAGAAGAGCAGAGCUUUCUACCGCAUUCAGGCGACAAGAAUGAUGAUUGGUGCUGGGAACAUCUUGAAGAAACACGCAGCGGAUCAGGCACGUAAAGUGGUCAGCAGUGGGGAACCUCGGGAGCAAGAGGAUGACCCUCUUGUUACAAGAAUAGACUUUGAACCUGCCCUCUACCAGUGCUUUGAGAACUGUGGCUCUUUAAAACUUACUGUGCAAAGGCAUGGAGGAGAUGCUGGGUGCACUGUUAAGGUGGACUACCACACAGAAGAUGGCACAGCCAAUGCCGGUUCUGACUAUGAAUUUGCUGAAGGGACACUCGUCUUCAAACCUGGCGAGAAUAUUAAAGAGAUCACCGUCGGCAUUAUUGAUGAUGACAUCUUUGAGGAAGAUGAAUACUUCUAUGUCCGCCUGAGCAAUCCCCGUAUAGUGGGGUGGGCUGAUGGACAUCCUAUUACUUUGGAGACUGGAGCACCUGCUCCAAGCGCAGCCCUUGGUGAGGCCCACACAGCAACUGUGACAGUCUACGAUGAUGACCACGCAGGAAUUUUCACAUUCGAAAGCGAAUUGGUGCGAGUUAGUGAAAGCAUCGGCAUCAUGCAGGUUAAGGUCUUGAGGACAUCAGGAGCACGUGGUCUGGUGGCGGUACCGUACCAUACAGUGGAUGGGACAGCUUACGGAGGGGAAGACUAUGAGGAAGUGUCUGGAAAACUGGAGUUCCAGAACGAUGAGACAAUGAAAACAAUCGAGGUGAAGAUUAUAGAUGAUGAAGAAUAUGAAAAGAAUAAGACCUUCAGCAUUGAGUUAGGAGAGCCAGUGCUGCUAGAGAUUGGGCAGAAACAUGGAGACUCUAAUGAGAAUAAGCCAGAGAUUGUGGUGGAGGAAGAGGAAGUAGCUAAAAUGGGAUGUCCUAGUCUGGGAGAACAUACCAGAUUGGAAGUGGUGAUUGAAGAGUCUUACGAAUUUAAGAGUACGGUGGAUAAACUCAUUAAGAAGACUAACUUGGCUCUGGUAGUCGGCAGCAGUAGCUGGAGAGAGCAGUUUGUUAGUGCUGUGACUGUGAGUGCAGGUGACGAUGAUGAGGAGGAGAGUGGUGAAGAGCGUCUUCCGUCCUGCUUUGAUUACAUCAUGCACUUCCUCACAGUCUUCUGGAAGGUUCUCUUUGCCUUCGUCCCACCCACAGAGUACUGGAAUGGAUGGGCAUGCUUCAUUGUGUCCAUCUGUCUGAUUGGUGUAUUGACGGCAGUCACAGGCGAUCUUGCCUCCCACUUUGGGUGCACUAUUGGCCUUAAGGAUUCAGUCACCGCCGUGGUCUUUGUUGCCCUGGGGACGUCUGUCCCAGACACUUUUGCCAGUAAGGUCGCUGCCAUCCAAGACCAGUAUGCAGAUGCCUCCAUUGGUAAUGUGACGGGCAGCAAUGCUGUCAAUGUUUUCCUCGGCAUCGGUGUGGCAUGGACCAUAGCUGCUGUAUACUGGAAUACCAAGGGCAAACCUUUCCACGUUGAUCCAGGUUCUCUGGCCUUCUCCGUCACACUCUUCACUGUUUUGGCUGUGGUGUGUUUCAGCGUGCUGUUGUAUCGCCGGCGCCCCUCAGUGGCUGGAGGAGAGCUUGGUGGUCCACGGACUUGCAAGAUAUUGACGUCCUUAUUCUUCAUUUCCCUCUGGCUGAUCUACAUCCUACUGGCCUCACUGGAAGCGUACUGCCACAUCACUGGAUUCUGAGGCAGCGAGGCCUCAUAUUCUUUCAGCUUAAAGAGGAAUAUAAAAAAUGGCCAGUGAAGGAGCAUUUGUUUUGUAUUAAUUAGAUAUUUAUCUUGAAAACUUUUAAAAGGUCUGAUAAGUCAGUUAUUGUCAUUUUUCAUUUUCUUCCAUAAAGGGAUAGUUCACCCAAAAAUAAAAUGAUGUCAUCAUUCACAGUUUUAAUGUUGUCCUAUAGAACACAAAAAGUUUUUUUUUUAUUUUCUUUUUUAAGAGGUUUACUUUUUGGGAACUACAUAAAGGUGAGAACUGUAAAUGAUCACUGAUUUUUCUUUUUUGUAUGAACUGUCCCUUUAAAUUAGUUAUGUAUUACACAUCAUUCCUUGUUCCCUCGCCUUACACUUGUAUCCAUCUCUUAGUGCUGUCUUGAAUCUAUCCAUACCAGUAACCAAUGACUCAGUUUUUUUUUUUACUCCUGUUUGAGCCAAUCCGAGCCUUUGGUUACUGAUUAAAGGGGUUUAUUUUUUUAACUCUCUUUUUAUUAUGUUAAGUGUCAGUAUUAUUCUCAUGUAGCUGUAAUGUUAAAAUAUAUUUAAAUGAACAGAAUGACCAAACAUGAACUUUCUAUUAUUAAGAGCAGACUAAACAAGUAGGAUGGACUUACUAUUGCUUGUGUAAGACGAAAAAUAUGUCUCAGGACUAAAUAAUAACCUGACAGAUGGUCUGAAAAGCAUGUCAAGUUCAAUAUUAUUCAUAUAUCAUGAAUGAAUGGUGACAUUAUUGGGAAGUCAAAUAGCAAAAAGGAAUAAAACGGAAAUUAAACUGAAAUAAUCCCAAAGAGGAUUGAAGAACAAUCUGAAAAUAAUGACAGUGAUGGUGCUGCAUAUAAUUAUGAAUAAUUUAAAUAUGUAUAUAAUGUCUGUGUAAGAAAGAAACCACUCAACCAAGAAUAAACAGCUCAACUGAUGUUCUCUUGAAAUACCAAACCAUGUAAUUGAUGUAAUUAGCUGUCUGUAUCUAUCUGUAUUUGUCUUGUCUCUUCACAGUCACACUCCUUGACAUCAAAUGUUCAACAGGAGAUACUAGCCUGUUAAUAUGAUGUGACAUUUGACAUGGUGACAAAUGCUCUUACUGACUGUGUACCAAACUGUAUCCCUUAGUUCACCCAAAAGUUACAAUUCUGACAGCAUUUAUUUACUCUCAUGUGAUUCCAAACUCAUAUGUCCUGUAGAACAUAAAAUCAAGCUGUUUAGCAGAAUGUUUGUGCUGCUCUUUCCCAUACAAGAACAACAGAAAGUGAAAAAUACGAAAAAUAAGUAUACUUUAAGUUCAUUUUAAGUAAACUUAAGUAAAUAAUUAUAUUUUCCAGGUAUACCUCAUGCAUUAAGUAUACUAAAAUCAAUGGACUUGUACACUGCCUGUAGUAGUAUACUUGUAAGUGUACAAAAUGUAGCCACUUUUUAGUUAAAAAGUAAUUUUAACCCCCGGUUUCUCAGACAAGGCUUAAGCUAGUCCCAGUCUAAAAUGCUUGUUUGAGCUGUCUCAGCUGAAAAUAUCUUGCUCCAUUGUCUCAAGAUGUACACCUGUAAAAUUUUUAUAAAAAGCUGCUUAAAUAUCUUAAUUUAACUAAGGCCUAGUCCUGGGUUAAGCUAAGCCCCUCUAUGAAACCGGGCCUAAGUUUACUUUAAGUGUAACAAUAGUAAACUUUGAGCAUUAUUUUACAUAUAAGUUUUUGUAUUACAACUAUAAUGUGAACUUCUCAAGUGAACUUACAGGUAUACUUUUAGUUUACUACUUAUAUACGUCUAGCCCACUUUUAUGACAUGAGGUUGCACAAGAACCAAAACAAACACAAGUACUUUUAUUUAUUGGUGUUGGCUGUAUUAUUAUGUUUGUUGCAGUGAAUUUUUAGUUGACACUGUUUCGGUGUUCACUGUCUAUCUGUUUCUGACUGCUGUGUAAUUAUUCUGUGAGACAUUCAGGAAGACAGUGGGAGGGUGGGAGGCAUCGACUCUUGCACACUUGAUGGAGAGCACAGAAAAAGAGUGAAUGAGACAGAUUUAGCAGUAGCGUAGAUAUUUAACCUUCAGAAGUAGCUUCUCUCCACAGUUUAGUACAGUAUUCGGAGUGAGAGAAUGUGCGCCCAGAGUAUUUUUAGUAUUAUCUUGUUGCUAGGCGACCCUUCGCCCAGAGAGUUAUUGUCUUGUCUAGGCCCAGUGAUGGGUGCUUUUGUGUGUAUGCGUGUUUGUGUUUGUGUGUGUGUGUGUGUAGUCUUCUGAUUAUUCCUUCAUUAAUGGUUUGAUGCAUUUCAUUGUUAAUUGUUCAGUAUUUUUCAUAAUGAGUAAAUCACCAAGUGCUUUUCUUUUCCUUUUAUAUAGCAGAUUUUAGUUGGAUUCUUCAUAUUUUUAUUUCUCACCAUGUCUCUUGGUUUGAUGCAUGAAACAUUCUUUUACCCUUGUUAAAUGUUUUAGAAGGUAUUGUCCUGGUAUCUUUUUUUAUGUAUUUUAUUUUAAAAAUAUCUUAAAUAAAUAAAUAAAUACAUCUUAUACCUUUUUAAGGAAUGGGUGACUUUUAUGUGUGCAUAAAACUUCAGCAAAAUACAUUGUUAGCGACUGUUAUGAGUGUCACUGAAUCAUUCACUCAAACAAUUUACUAACACUGAUUAGAACGAAACUCUGUUAAUGUGUGUUGCUCACAGACACUGGUGAAGAAACAGACACACACACAAAACACUGCAUCUAAAUUGCAAGGUGCUCAAUAUUACAGUUUUUUUGCAACUGCUUACAAAAUCUUUACUUUUCACACAAUUUCUGAAACCUGACACUUGAACACCAGAAACACAUACCACACUUUUUGCAAAACACAACACACAGUUCUCUAUGUAACACACAAAAAUCAAACAGGAAGUAUCUUCAUUUCCUUUUUCAAACACAACCAGUCAA